GAAUCAAUUUACUCCAUCUAUCAGUUUCGAGUAUUGAACGUUGUUGUGGUGAAAUCCGAAAAUCGCGAAUUUUAAAAAAUAUCAAAUAACAAGAUGUCAAUAAAUGUGCAUUUUAAGCGGCAGUGGAAAAAUUCUAUUGUUUUACUUCUUUUAAAUGGCUUCGCUUUAUUCGCUGGAAACGAUAACCUAUUCGUUGAGGCCUCAGGAAUCUGUGCAUGUUAUGAGCAAUUUGCAGAUGAUUUCUUUAGCGAGCAGAGCCAGCGUAACAAUGUUUCCAACUUUGUUUACUCACCAUUUGCUAUGCAAAGUUUUGAAGAUUUCGUUAAAUUAGGAUUUAGUGACAAGCCUGAGAUGCCGGAUGAUAAUUUUGGUGAAAUUAUGGACGGCCUCAAAGAUAGCGACGCUGUAAAAAUGGAAUAUAAAGUUUAUCUGCCCGAAGGACGUGAACUCGAACCCGCUACACUUCAAUUGCUUAAGAAGAGAUUUCCUGCAACUUUCGAACAUAUUGAUAGCUCAAAAGCCUGGAUGAUGGAAGCUAUAGAGGAGCACUUACGCAAUUUGAAUGAACUUGAGAAAUUUAUGGGUAAUAAGCAGACACCAGCCGAAACGUUAGUGGAAAUCAACACAGAAAUCAACGCAGAUUGGUUGCAUCCAUUUGAUGAGCAGGCAACAAAAGUUGCCGAAUUUCGUACAGACGACAAUAGAAAGGUAGAUAUGGCUUUUAUGCACCAGGUUAGUAACCUUCGCACAGCCGAAAUGACUGACUUACAAGCUAAAGUCGUUGAGAUGCCUUUUAAAAAUGAAAAUGUAUCCAUGUGGUUGUAUCUGCCUGACGAAGAAGACGGACUAGACGAAUUAGAGGAAAGACUUAAACUUAAGUCUUUAGAUAGUAUAGCAGCCUCGAUGUCUCAACGAGAAGUUGACGUUUUGCUUCCCAAAUUCGAAGAUACACAGGAAAUGGAUUUAGAUGGGGAGAUCUCUAAGUCCGGUUUAGAUUAUCCGCUUUCGCAGACUGCCCCAGACGUAAUUAUUCAACGGCCAGCAAGCAAACUUCAAACUAAGGUAGCAAUGCACGAAAGUCUCUAUGCACAACAGUCCGCAAUAGAUCUUUAUUCGGAAAAUACUGAAGGUAAGGAGAGUGGAGACGGAGGAGAAGCUGUAGGUGAAGUUGAUACGGGCUGCUCCACAGACUGCAUUAAAUUCCAUGCAGAACAUCCAUUUAUCUACCACGUCGUUUACAAACACGAUGAUCAAGUAGUUCCCAUCGUUAUGGGUUGUUUCAGAAAUUUAAAUAUCAAUAUUAAUGUAGCAUAAUUGUAUUCAUUUUUCUAAAAAGAAUGGUAAUGCGUUUGCAUUGCCCUUACAACACAUCAUUACAAAAUCUACUUUAAUCUUUUCAAUAUGAUCAUCAAAAUUUAUUUGAGCAGUUUUUUUGACUGAUU